AUGUCGAAGUGCUACAAUCCAGGAGGCUCCCUAAAAAAUGGCUGUAUAUUCUUCAAAGUUAUCCUUCCAAAGAAAAAUCAUGGCAAUCAGAUUUUUGAUAUGGAAAAGAUGACAGAAACCAAUAUUAGGCAAGCAGAGGACAAGCUGUUGUUUUACAGGACAGAAGCUGUGUCGAUUGAUGGUACUUUUUUGAGAGUGGACCAAGACAAAGACAGAGAAUGCAGCCUGGACUGUGCAGGUUCCCCUCAGAAAUCACUCUGUGCAUCUGAUGGAAGAACCUUUCUGUCCCGGUGUGAAUUUCAGCGAGCAAAAUGCAAAGACCCACAGCUGGAAAUAGCCUACCGGGGCAACUGCAAAGAUAUUUCCAGAUGUGUGGCUGAGAGGAAGUACACCCAGGAACAAGCUCGCAAAGAAUUUCAACAAGUGUUUAUCCCAGAAUGCAAUGAUGAUGGCACAUAUAGUCAGGUUCAGUGCCACAGUUACACUGGAUACUGCUGGUGUGUCACUCCCAAUGGUCGUCCUAUCAGUGGAACUGCUGUGGCCCACAAAACUCCCCGGUGCCCAGGUUCAGUGAGUGAGAAACUGCCACAACGAGAAGGUGCGGGAAAAGCAGAUGAUGCCUCAGCUCCUGCACUGGAGACUCAGCCUCAAGGUGAUGAAGAAGAUAUAGCUUCUCGUUAUCCUACCUUAUGGACUGAGCAAGUAAAGAGUAGACAAAACAAAACCAAUAAAAGCUCAGCAUCAUCGUGUGAUCAAGAACUUCAGUCAGCCCUGGAGGAAGCUAAGCAGCCCCAGAAAGACAACGUGUUCAUUCCAGAGUGUGCUCAGGGCGGCCUCUACAAACCGGUGCAGUGCCAUCCUUCCACAGGCUACUGCUGGUGUGUUCUGGUGGACACGGGACGUCCCAUCCCUGGUACAUCAACGAGGUAUGAACAACCUAAGUGUGAUAAUGGUGCCAGAGCUCACCCAACCAAAACAAAGGAUUUGUACAAAGGACGCCAGCUUCAAGGUUGUCCUGGUGCCAAGAAGAAUGAGUUCCUGACUAGUGUUUUGGAUGCAUUGUCCACAGAUAUGGUGCAUGCGGUCUCUGAUCCAUCAUUGUCUUCCAGCCGGGUUUCAGAGCCUGAUCCAAAUCAUACUCUGGAAGAGAGAGUAGUCCAUUGGUAUUUCAAACAGCUUGAUAAAAAUUCCAGUGGUGACAUUGGCAAGAAAGAAAUAAAGCCAUUUAAGAGAUUCCUAAGAAAGAAAUCAAAGCCCAAAAAAUGUGUGAAGAAGUUUGUGGAAUACUGUGAUGUGAACAAUGAUAAGUCCUUAUCGGUUCAAGAAUUAAUGGGCUGCUUGGGAGUAACAAAAGAAGAAGCAUCCCCUAAAACCAACACUGAGAGCACUUCAUCCAACAGGCAGCAAGUUUCUAAGAAGCAAGGCUGAACAACUUACUGAUCCAAGGCAGAUCUCUUUGACAUGUGGGAGAUUUCCUCACCAAAAGGCAAUAAAAACAACUGUAGUAUUUGCACUUUGUACUUAAAAAUGUAAAUUCACUUUGUAGAAAUGAAAUAUUUAAGCAGACUUUUUUUUUUUUUUUUAAUCUGUGAAAAUGUAAUGGCUAGUUUUGAAAAAUUAUCACAUACAAUGUAUGUGUAUUCUGUUGUCUGAAAUAUGUAAAACGUGUUGGAGAUGUAAAAGUUUGCAUUUAAACCAGUUUUUUAAAAAAUAGCUUUUUGGCAAAGAGUAGCACAGAAACCUGAUUCUAUGUAUUUUGGUUUCAAUAGUAUACCUUGUUUUUCUUAAUCAGUACUGUCAUUUAAGUAGAG